AGCGACAGAUAAUGAACAAACAACUGAGAAUUUAUGUAAAAAAUGCAAAGAAGCUGAGUACUUGUUUAUCAUGAUUUAUUGCAGGAUGCGUAAAAUCAUGAUUGUAUUUUGUAUUGCAUAUUAUAACGGGCACACCCAUUGGCUUCGCACAGGGUGCGCUUAAGUAAAGGAUAAACAAUUGUUUCCCUACGUCACAGGAAGGAAACACUGUAGACUGUUAUUUUGGCGAAAGAAAGAAAUAUACGUAUUUCUCAGUUUUUGCGCUUCUAUGUCGUUGCCCAUAUGUAUUAAUCUAGAAAAAUCAUAUUACCCAUUAAUGGUUAAUAUGUUAUCAUCUUAUUAGAUAUAACUGGUAAAAGUAACACCUUUCUGUUUCUCGUGGUAUCGUGCUAUUGCUUCGGUUUUUGCAUUGUGCUGUGAGUCUGAUACUUGUAAUGUGAAUCAUUUUGCCUCUGUCAGGACGAGAAUCGGGAUACGAGGACUAUGGCUGUUCAAUACGGGGUGAAAAUUAAAACGCCUGAAGCCGUCCCUUUUGCAUUUAAUUUACCGAAUAAAAUAGCUGGAACUGUGUAAUCUAAUAGCACAGUUAGUUCAUUAACCAUCUAGUUCCAUUCUGAAACAAGCACUUUUUUUAUUUUUUGUAGUGUUUUAAGGUACUUACAGUGAGGCAAAAUAGAUAAUCUACUGAAGGACAGUAUUCCCUCAUGUUGAUUGUUACAUGUGUUCAUAGAAAUCAGCCUUCCCUUUCCGGCAUCAAUUUAUGCUGUCGACAUUUGUGUGACAGUGCAAAGUGAUGGCUUUGAAGAGAGAUUUUAUCCAUUAGAAUUGGUUUGUGAAAGCCUAAAACUGUAGAGACAAUGGUCUGAAUGAUGCAGUUCCGAAAAUAAGUCCCAUAUUUUGUUGUGGCAUUUAUACAUUGUUACAAUGUGUGAGUUGCUGUAUUAUUCUGGUACCAGUGUUGGAAGCUACAGCAAAAUUUCAUUAAGGCAGGUGUAGCACCCAAUGUAUAGACAGCACAGUGUGGUGUCCUGCAAAAGAGAAGACAGAAGAACAAUACAAAAAUUAAGAAGUCAUCCAGCCUGGAUGAGUUACCAGCCUCUAUUCUGAAGAUGGGCAGUAGUCAGCAGUACUCACUCAGAUGGAAUAAUUACCCAACCCAUGUAACAGGAGGUUUUAGUACAUUGAGGAAUGAUGAAGAGUUAGUGGACGUGACACUGAGCUGUGAAGGAAAGCGCAUUCGGGCUCACAAAAUGCUUCUUUCAGUGUGCAGUACUUACUUCAGAGAGCUUUUCAAAGAAAAUCCUUGCCAGCAUCCAGUAAUAAUUUUCCGUAAUGUCAAGUUUGAAGACCUGGUGGCUCUGUUAGACUUCAUAUAUCUUGGUGAGGUGAAUGUGAUGCAGGAACAGCUCACAUCCUUCCUCACAACAGCAGAACUGUUGGCAGUGCAAGGUCUGUCAGAUGAUACAGUUAAAGACAAAUCAGCAGCCAUGGCUGAUAGUCUCCCGCUAGAGAGAGAGCAAAUAGAUCUCACUGACUCUCCACCACCAGUGCACAAAACUGUUGCUCUGAAGAACAGUGGAUGUUCCGGGUUAUCACACAACAGGAGAGAAAUAUCUUCUCCUCGGCAACAUUCUCCAAUACCAGGUUACUGUGCAACCACAUCUGUCACAGAGUGCCACCAGGAGGCUUUGCCAAACAAGCGACGUCGGCGGUCGUCUCCUCCAAAACUGGCUGCCAUUUUUGGACUGAGUGGGAAGAGUGAUGAGAACAGACGAGAAUGCCCUAUAGUACCUACAGUCGCCAGAAUAUCAGCUAAGGCACCAGCACGAGAACCUGUGGUAACCGCACCCAGCAUACCAGAACCUCAUGUCAAAAUGGAGGAUCCAGACUAUAUAGAUGAUUCUCGAACUUCUGCCAACCGGGGCCAGUUAUCAGGUGGGGCAGUUCUGGAAAGUGAUACGUGUUCAAACUUGGAACAGUUUGUAGUUGCUAAAACUGAAGGAGAUUCAUCACUUGCUGUGAAUGUGGACCCUCCCGAUGCUCUAGAUGUGUAUGGCAGUAGCUCACAGGAUGUGGACGCCACAUCAGACAGCUUACCUACAGGAGAACUUCCUCAUAUUCUUGUGAAAGCUGGUCCAUCUGAGGAGAAACAAAAUGAAGAUAUGCGACGGCGCCAGACCUUGUGGACAGGAUCCCUCUGGCAGAGCCUUGGAUGUGGGUCAGAGCAGUCUGUGGUGCAUCACUUGACAAGGUCUUCUAUUCAUGGUAAAAUCUGCCUCCAGUGUAAAGUGAAGCAGCGAACAACAGCAAGGGGAUCAUUCAAACAGACUCGCUUCUUGUGUGCCGAGUGCAAUGUGCGAUUGUGUAGAGAACCAUGUUUUGACGAGUAUCACAUAGAGGCGGGCAUACCCACGGCUCCGUAUUCCAGAAAUUACAGCUAAUGAGAUGAGCAGGCAUGUAGCAGUGUCUGAAGAUUUAACCAAGAAGUCUUUCCAGCAUUUGGCACUAAAGUACUUAUGAGAUUCCUGUUACCUUAUUAUUUUCAGUCCAGCGAAACGGAAAAGAUGGUCAUGUUUGACUACACUAGUAAAAUUUAUGUUUUAUUUUAACAGUCUAUGACUGGAAUUGUUACAGGAGAUGACUUUUGUAUGCUUGUAGUUGUACAUAAUGUGAUUGAAAAAUUAUAGUAUUUCUUAAUUCUA